AUGUCCGCCUUUGAGCUGUACAUACGGCGCGGCUGGUGGAUGCUCCUCAGCAGGACACGGCACGGCGUCCCGCUCUACGGCCUCCUCCUCCACUCGCACCUCGUCCUCGCGUCCGCCACCAACAUCAUCCAGCUACUCCUGGUCCGCGUGCGCCCCUGGUUCGGCAUCUUCUUCGUGCACCUCGUCUUCUCGUCCGUCAUGGCCGCGGCCGUCUUGUACCUCAUGGAGGGCUACUACAUUCUUCUGUCGUGGCUCAUCUUUGAUGCGCGCAAAAUAUUGAUCAAGUAG